AUGCUUCAAGUAUUAAAUCCACUUACUAUGUUAUUAAAUAUGAAUGGUAUUGAUCUUAACAUCUUUAAUAUGAUACAACCAGCACUAAGUUCUUCCUCGUCAAACCGGGAGUUCUAUUAUAGCAAUGACGUUCACAUGUUUCAUAUCACUUGUGAAGAAAGUCUUCCCGAUUACAAUGCACGUCAAAAUCAAAAGAUUUAUAAAGUAACUUGCAAAACCAUUCCGAUUUCUUUGGUUGCUAAUAAUUUGUUAAAAAGACCUUAUACCAUUAAAUUUUCUGACGCCUACAAUCAAUACGCAAUUAAUUACAACCAAACGGAAGAUAAAGGCACUAAUUGUCGCAUUGUAGUUGAAAAUUUUGAUCAAA